AUGGAGGUUGAUCUGAUAGGGUUGACGAUGCCUUAUUCUAGGAUGUGGUGGAAUUCAGGUAAUGUUGAACCCGGCAGUUUAUCGUGUCUACCUAGCAGAUUCAAGCUUCAACUGUACUCUGUACUCUACCUUGCAGUGUUGCUGUCGAGCAGUACGUACAAGCUGAUGAUGGAAAAGGAACAGGAAAGGGAAGAGGAAAGGGAGAGCUAUCCUCCCAAGUAUGAAAGUGAUUAUGGAGAGCACGGUCCAAUCGCAGGGAAGCCUCCCAACCAAGAUCGUGGGCAGCCGAAGAACAAGCAACCCCCUCCAGAUCUUGCCAACUUCGAGCAAAACGGUGAUUCUCCACCAUUCAACCAAAACAACAACGCUGAUGUCAAGGAUAGAGGCUGUACUACUCCCCCAGGAGUAGACAUAGCUGUAGGAGACAAGCCACAAUCUUCAAGGAUAGAAGACAUCGCUGGAUUGCCUCAUGGCGAUCACCCAUCUCUUAGGAUUGAAAACAUGUCUCCAUUGAAUGAUGGGAUGAAGGAGGGAGAGAAGUUAUCUCAGCCUACCAGCCUCUUGUCGAAGGAUGGUAAGGUACCCCUUCCACCUCUCCCGGAUGUUGAGGAGGGCAUCUUGCAAGCAGUGGAAAUGCCAAACACACACCUAUCAGGAGGGGAGCAGUUCUCAAUGCCCAAGAGCCUCUCCUCCCAGCUGGAUGAGGAGUUUUCUCAGCCUACCAGCCUCUCGUCAAAGGAUGGUAACGUACCCCUUCCUCCUCUCCCUGAUGUUGAGGGGGACAUACCAAACACACACCUGUCAGAAGGGGAGCAGUUUUCAAUGCCCAAGAGUCUCACAUCCCAGAUGGAUAAGAUAAGAGUCAAAAGAGUCAGCAGCAGGCAGUUGAACCGCAACAAGUUCACAAGAGCAUCUGGAAGGCAAGGUGGAAGAGAGCUAAAGAACCGGAGAAGGGAGGUUGACCGCCUGAAUGUAAUGAGGGAUAGGAAUACAUCUGGUGGCCUCAAUGGUGCCAAUGCCGAUAGAAGAGGCACAAUCCCCUGGCAGAUCUACGUAUAUAACGAUCUGAAGAAGAUGCUCGUAGAAUUCACCAGGGUGUAUUUGCCCAAAAUGGCAUGUUGGAGUAUCACGCUAGCUUUAGGAUACAUCUGUGGUAGGAAUGAGUAGCUGCUAGUAGGUCGGAUAACGCCUAAUUCUAGCAUGCUGUGGUCGAAUACAGAUCUGGCAAUGUUGUACCUGUCGGUUGCUAAGAGACGUGGACGGGCUAAUCAUGAUGCAGGAUAGCCUCCGGUCUCGAUGUGCUGUGUGACAGAGUGGUUGAUGUUUGCCCUCUCGUAGACUGGUGUGAAGUCUGGAAAUCGGUCUAGAAGAGAUUUGCAAGCGGUUUGCCCAAUUGCUGCUAGUAGUUCGGAUAAUGCCUAGUUCUAGCAUGUGGUCGAAUUCAGAUCUGGCAAUGUUGUACCUGUCGGUUGCUAAGGACGUGGACGGGCUGAUCAUGAUGCAGGAUAGCCUCCGGUCUCGAUGUGCUGUGUGACAGAGUGGUUGAUGUUUGCCCUCUCGUAGACUGGUGUGAAGUCUGGAAAUCGGUCUAGAAGAGAUUUGCAAGCGGUUUGCCCAAUUGCUGCUAGUAGGUCGGAUAAUGCCUAGUUCUAGCAUGUGGUCGAAUUCAGAUCUGGCAAUGUUGUACCUGUCGGUUGCUAAGGACGUGGACGGGCUGAUCAUGAUGCAGGAUAGCCUCCGGUCUCGAUGUGCUGUGUGACAGAGUGGUUGAUGUUUGCCCUCUCGUAGACUGGUGUGAAGUCUGGAAAUCGGUCUAGAAGAGAUUUGCAAGCGGUUUGCCCAAUUGCUGCUAGUAGGUCAGAUAAUACCUAAUUCUAGCAUGCUGUGGUCGAAUUCAUAUCGGGCAAUGUUGUACCUAACAGUUGCUAAUACAGUAGACGUGGAUGGGCUGAUGCAGUAUGGCCUCUGGAGUCUGGUACGUCUCAAUGUGCUGUGUGACAGAGUGGUUGAUGUUUACACUCUAGCUGGCUAGCUGGCUGUGUGAAGUCUGGAAAUUGGUCAAGUGAGAUUUGUAUGCGAAUUGCCCAAUUGAUGCUAGAAGGUUGGAUGAUGCCUAAUUGUGGUCAAAUUUAAAUUGGGCAAUGUUGUACCUGUCGGUUGCUAAGAGACCAGGAAGGACAUGAAAAAGGAUGUCCACCAGUCUCGAAGUGCAUGUGUUACAGAGUGUAUGAUGUUGGCCCUCUCGUAGACUGGUUGUGUUAAGUCUGGAAAUCGGUCAAGAAGAGAUUUGUAAAAGGUUUCUAAGCGCGGUUUGCCCAAUUGCUGCUAGAAGGUCGGGUGAUUCCUAAUUCUGGCUUGUGGUCGAAUUCAGAUUUGGCAAUGUUGUACCUGUCGGAUGCUAAGAGACUGGGAAGGACAUGAAAAAGGAUGUCCACCAGUCUCGAAGUGCAUGUGUGACAGAGUGUAUGAUGUUUGCCUCUCGUAGACUGGUUGUGUUAAGUCUGGAAAUCGGUCAAGAAGAGAUUUGUAAAAGGUUUGUAAGCGGUUUGCCCAAUUGCUGCUAGCUGGUUGGAUGAAGCCUAAUUCUAGCAUGUGGUCGAAUUCAGAUCAAUCAAUGUUUCCUGUCGGUCGCCAUAAAGAGACGUGGACAGGCUUGUAGGUGGGCCUCCCGUCUCAAUGUGCUGUGUGACAGAGUGUUUUAUGUUGCCCUCUUGUAGACUGGUUGUGUGAAGUCUGGAAAUUGGUCAAGAUGAGAUUUGUAAGCGGUUUGCCCAAUUGCUGCUAGCUCGUUGGAUGAAGCCUAAUUCAUGCGGUCGAAUUCAGAUCAGUCAAUGUUACCUGUCGGUUGCCAUAAAGAGACGUGGACAGGCUUGUAGGUUGGCCUCCAGUCUCAAUGUGCUGUGUGGCAGAGUGUUUUAUGUUGCCCUCUCGUAGACUAGCUGGCUGUGUGAAGUCUGGAAAUCGGUCAAGAUGAGAUUUGUAAGCGGUUUGCCCAAUUGCUGCUAGCUGGUUGGAUGAAGCCUAAUUCUAGCAUGUGGUCGAAUUCAGAUCAAUCAAUGUUUCCUGUCGGUCGCCAUAAAGAGACGUGGACAGGCUUGUAGGUGGGCCUCCCGUCUCAAUGUGCUGUGUGACAGAGUGUUUUAUGUUGCCCUCUUGUAGACUGGUUGUGUGAAGUCUGGAAAUCGGUCAAGAUGAGAUUUGUAAGCGGUUUGCCCAAUUGCUGCUUGAAGGUUGGAUGAUGCCUAAUUCUACCAUGUGGUCGAAUUCAGAUCAGUCAAUGUUACCUGUCCGUCGCCAUAAAGAGACGUGGACAGGCUUGUAGGUGGGCCUCCCGUCUCAAUGUGCUGUGUGACAGAGUGUUUUAUGUUGCCCUCUUGUAGACUGGUUGUGUGAAGUCUGGAAAUUGGUCAAGAUGAGAUUUGUAAGCGGUUUGCCCAAUCGCUGCUAGAAGGUUGGAUGAAGCCCAAUUCUAGCAUGUGGUCGUAUUCAGAUCAGUCAAUGUUACCUGUCGGUCGCCAUAAAGAGACGUGGACAGGCUUGUAGGUGGGCCUCCCGUCUCAAUGUGCUGUGUGACAGAGUGUUUUAUGUUGCCCUCUUGUAGACUGGUUGUGUGAAGUCUGGAAAUUGGUCAAGAUGAGAUUUGUAAGCGGUUUGCCCAAUCGCUGCUAGAAGGUUGGAUGAUGCCUAAUUCUAGCAUGUUGUCGAAUUCAGGUCAGUCAAUGUUAC